AGAAGCUGGACGAGAUCCUGGCGGCAGCAGAGCCAGCCCUGAGGGCAGAGAUCGUGGAGGCAGAUUCCAGGGCAGCCACUGUGAAACAAAGACCAACCAGCCGCAGGAUCACACCCGCCGAGAUCACUUCGCUGUUCGAGCGCCAGGGCAUGGCAGCACACCCAGGGGUCCUGGCGGCCACCGACAAACCUCACAUCUCCCUGCGCAAAGGCAUCCCCAGGACUAAGUCUGUGGGAGAAGACGAGAAACUCGCUGCUUCUUUGCUGGACGGGAAGUUUCCCCGGAGCACAUCCAUGCAAGACACAGUUAGGGAAGGCCAUGGAAUUCCACCACCCCCCCAGACAGCCCCACCCCCUCCUCCUUCUCCCUACUACUUAGACACAGGGCCUCCUCCAUCCUUCUCACCACCUCCACCCCCCGGAAGAGCUUAUGACACCAUCAGAUCAAGCUUUAAGCCAAGCCUGGAGGCCAAACUCCACGGCCUCCCCCAGGUCAUUAGUGCAGCUGAGAUGUACGACCAGACCAGGACUUCCAUCCCUUACCCCGAGAGGCAGAAGAGGGCCAGAUCCAUGAUCAUCCUCCAGGAUUCCUCCCAUCUCCCUGUGGAGCCAACAGAGAUCCCCAGGCCUGGCCCCUCUGCGACCCCUCCAGAGAAGCUCAAGAGGAAGGGCCGAGUCAUCGACAACCCUUACGCCAACAUGGGGCAGUUCAAUGUCAGCCUCUUUGCUCCCACCAAGCCUCAGAGGAAGAAGAGUCCUCUGGUGAAGCAGCUGCAGGUGGAGGACGCUCAGGAAAGAGCAGCCCUGGCCAUCACCGGGGGCUACAGCAGCAGGGAGCCCUCUCCCACGCGCAGGAGCCACCGACUGGGUGGGGUGGAGGACCAGCACCACGGAGGCAUUGCUCAGGUCGAGGCCACGAGCAUCCCCUUCGCCACUGCCAUCGCUGGGGUCAUGAAGGACCGCGACCGACGCCUGGAUGAGCGGCGGAAAUCUACUGUCUUCCUGUCUGUGGGGGCCAUCGAGGGGCCAGUGCCGCCCAGCAGCGAGAUGCCCUCCCUGCAGCAGUCCAGGUCCAUCGAUGAGAGGUUGUUAGGAAGCCGAGACGUCCUCCUGCCUUCCCCCGUCUCAGCUUUAAAGCCAUUGAUCAGCAGCUCAUCCUCAACCUUCAUCCACCCCCUGACGGGGAAGCCCUUGGACCCGAACUCGCCUCUGGCGCUUGCGCUGGCCGCAAGGGAACGGGCACUGUCCUCACAGGUCCCGUCCAGGUCGCCCACCCCGAUCCACAGCCCCGACUCAGACCGAGCAGCACCCCUGUUUGUGGACAUCCAAACCAAAGAACCAGAGAGGGGGGAGCUGGAGAGCCUGAUGUCCCCUGCCUACUCCCCCGGAGGGAAGGGAAUGAUGGGAGCAGAUCCUGGGGCUUUGACCCCCGUCAAGAGCCCGUGGGGGACUCCAUCCACACUGAGGAAAGAGACCGAGGCACGGGCGGAGAUGCCAGGCAAGGAGGAGAAGAAACCAGAGGACAAGAAGUCCAUGAUCAUCAGCAUCGUGGACACGUCGCAGCAGAAGACCGCUGGCCUCAUUAUGGUUCACGCCACCAGUAAUGGCCAAGACGAGAUAGGACUUGAGAUCAAAGAGGAGACCCCCGCGGUCCCCGAAGCAUGCACAGAGCCCUCUGAGUCCCCCAAGGCCGAGCCCCAGCCCAGCCCCGUGGGGAAGCCCCCGGUAAGCCCGGUCUCCGACAAAGCUCUGGGCCAAGGCAGUUCAGAGGAAGAAGCGGAGCCCUACACGGUCACCCUCCCCCCGGCUCAGCUGUCCUCCAGCGAUGAGGAGACCAGGGAGGAGCUGGCCAAGAUAGGGUUGGUGCCACCUCCAGACGAGUUUGCGAACGGGGUCCUGGUGACCACCCCUGGCACACCCGUGAGCCUCCUGGCUCCGCCCACCAUACCAGCGGCAGCAGUAGCACCUUCUCCCGCCGGCGGAACACCCUCAGGGAAGCCCUCUGAUGCCCCUGCGGCCCCCGAGUCUGCAGCAGACUCAGGAGUGGAAGAGGUGGACACCAGAAGUUCGAGCGAUCACCACCUGGAGACCACAAGCACCAUCUCCACGGUCUCCAGCAUGUCGACGCUGUCGUCAGAGAGCGGAGAGCCCACGGACACCUACACUUCCUUUGCGGAUGGACAAACUUUUAUACUCGAGAAGCCACCAGUGCCUCCAAAGCCAAAACUCAAGUCCCAGCUCAGCAAGGGGCCAGUUACUUUCAGGGACCCACUUUUGAAGCAGUCUUCGGACAGCGAGCUCAUCUCCCAGCAACACGCGGCCACGCUGGCAUCCAGAAGGUCCAAGCUAUGGGGAGACCCCAUGGAGAGCAGGCCCAUCCAUGGGGCUGAAGAUGACAAGCCAACUGUGAUCAGUGAGCUAAGCUCCCGACUCCAGCAGCUCAACAAGGACACGCGAUCGCUGGGCGAGGAACCGGCCGGGGCCACCCUGGAUCCUGGGAAGAAGUCGCCGGUGGUGGCGGCACG